GCCUCCCCCCUCCUUCAUCCAAGGGGAUCGGACUCGGGUGCAGAGCGCGCUGCGAGGGAGGGGUGGAGCUGUGCAUUACUUCAAAGGAGCCGGGGGGGCGGGUUCCCCCACCCCGAGGAUCAGAUGAGCCUCUGAAGCCCAAAUCUAACCUCACCUCCUGGCCUGAAGAGGAAGAUAUUUGUCCAGGAGAAACGGAGAGCAUGUGAUGGUCCUGGUAAUGAGAAUUACAAGGUGCAGUCUCUACUGUAAUUAGAAACAACCAAGCUGGAAGCAGGCAAAGAGAAGUCUGGCAUUCAGAGGACCAAAAAGGCAAGAGGGGAACCACUCGAUGAAGAAGAGGAUGUACUCUUCGGCUUCUUUGGGUACUGGCGUCCAUUAACUGUUAAUCCAACAAGGGAAAAGGUUACAAUAGGUGGGAAUGUACUAAAGAAUAGAAGAAAAUCAAAUAGUCAUUGCAGUACCCACAUAGAGCAGAAACCCCCUUAAAUGCAUGGUGUGGAAAGAGCUUCCGUAAAUGCAUGGUGUGGAAAGAGCUUCAGUGAUAGCUGAGGUCUUACAUCAGAUCAAAGAAUUCACACGGGAGAAAAAAAUUCAAUACAUGGAGUGUGGAAAGAUCAUUAGUCAUAUGGAGUACCUUACUGUACAUCAAAGACCCCACACAGGGGAAAAACCAUAUCACUGUAAGGAGUGUGGAAAGAGUUUCAGCCAGAGGACAAAGCUUAGAAUACAUCAAAGAAUCCACACAGGGGAGAAACCCUAUGAAUGCGUCGAGUGUGGAAAGAGCUUCAGACAAAUGUCAACCUUUACUAAGCAUAAAAGAACCCAUACAGGGGAGAAACCAUAUGGAUGCAUCAGGUGUGGAAAGAGCUUCAGUCUGAAUCAAGAACUUACUUCGCAUCAAAGAAUGCACACAGGGGAGAAACCAUAUAAAUGUAUGCAGUGUGGAAAGAGUUUUAGACAUAGGGGAACGUUUACUAUACAUCAAAGAAUGCACACAGGGGAGAAACCAUAUAAAUGUAUGCAGUGUGGAAAGAGUUUUAGACAUAGGGGAACGUUUACUAUACAUCAAAGAACCCACACAGGGGAGAAACCAUAUCAAUGUAAGGAGUGUGGAAAGAGUUUCAGCCAGAGGACAAAACUUACAGUUCAUCAAAGAAUCCAUACGGGGGAAAAACCAUAUAUAUGCAUGGAUUGUGGAAAGUGCUUCAAUCGGAGUCACCAUCUUGUUUUACAUCAACAAAGUCACACAGGCAUAAAACCAUAUAAAUGUAUGGAGUGUGGAAAGAGCUUCUGCCAUGGGGGUGCUCUUACUGUACAUCAACGAACCCAUACAGGGGAGAAGCCAUAUAAAUGUAUGGAGUGUGGAAAGUGCUUCAAUUUAAACUCACAUCUUAAUAGCCACAAAAGGACCCACACAGGGGAGAAACCAUAUAAAUGUAUGGAGUGUGGGAAGUACUUCAGUGUAAGUUCACAUCUUAAUAGCCACAAAAGGACCCACACAGGGGAGAAACCAUAUAAAUGUAUGGAGUGUGGAAAGUGCUUCAAUUUAAGCUCACAUCUUAAUAGCCACAAAAGGACCCACACAGGGGAGAAACCAUAUAAAUGCAUGCUAUGUGGAAAGAGCAUCAGUGGAUCACUUACUAAACAUCAAAGAAUCCACACAGGGGAGAAACCAUAUAAAUGUAUGGAAUGUGGAAAGAGCUUCAGUGAGAGUGGUCACCUUACUUCACAUCAAAGAACCCAUACAGGGGAGAAACCAUAUAAAUGUAUGGAAUGUGGAAAGAGUUUCCGACAGACAGCACAUCGUAAUAUUCAUCAACGUAUCCACACAGGGGAGAAACCAUAUAAAUGCAUUGAGUGUGGAAACAGCUUCAUUGAAAGUGGAGCACUUACUAAACAUCAAAGAAUCCACACAAGGGAGAACUUAUCUAAGUACUGGCCCUGCCCAGCAACUGCUGACGCAGGCGGGGGGAGGGACGCCUUUUUCCCAUUGGUGGAAGGUUCCCUAGCUGUUCGGUGUCUCCUGGGUGGUCCCAUCCUUGACCUCUCUGCGCAGCACCUCCGCUCAAAGAUGGAAAAGGAGAAAUUGACUGGCCCUGCCAUAGAAAGAGGACACCAGGCCAUUGAAGUCGGGAGCUGUGCGGGGUUCUGGGAGGGAGCCGCGGAGGAGAUCCUGGUUGCGGUUGAUACCAGCUCAGAUACACAGCGCCAGCGCUUCAGGGGUUUCCACUACCGUGAGCCCGAGGGCCCCCGAAAGUUUUGCAGCCGACUUCACGACCUUUGCCGUCGGUGGUUGAAGCCGGAAAGGCACACAAAAGCUCAGAUGCUGGACCUGGUGAUCCUGGAGCAGUUCCUGGCUGUCCUCCCUCCGGAGAUGGAGAGCUGGGUCAGGGAGUGUGGAGCGGAGACCAGUUCCCAGGCGGUGGCCCUGGCGGAAGGUUUCCUCCUGAGCCAGGCCGAGGGGAAGAGGCAGGAAGAGGAGAAGCAGGCGGAGGAAUUGGCAGUGGAAGCGGCUACUGAUUUCCGCACGGCAGAGAACUCUCCGCCAGCCGUCUCCACCCAGUUGCCACCAUCCAGAUGGAUCGUGCAAGAGGGCGACGGAGGCGCCAUGUUACUGGGAAGUGGAACAGGCCUGGCCAUUUCUCCCGUGUUUGCUGUGAAGCCAGAUCAGGCUCUGGUGACCUUCGAGGAGGUGGCCGUGUACUUCACGGAGGAGGAGUGGGCUCUGUUGGAUCCGGGCCAGAGGGCUCUGCACAGGGAAGUCACGGAGGAGAAUUAUGGGAAUCUGGCCGCUCUUGCAGGUGCUGGAUGGGAGAAUGAUUCUAAAGGAGAGCUACACAGGGUGUCCUUGGAAACAGUUGGAUUUACAGAUGAGAAAGAUCAGAGGAAGAAAAUGGAAUGUGGGCUGAAUAAUAAUGAUAAUACAUCCUUUGAUUCUCAGUGUAGUGACUUCCAUGAAAUCCCAGUCCAAGAAGAAAUCCCAGUUCAAGACCAAGAGAAGACAGACAAUGAGUGCAAAGUGCGCGGGGAAAACUUUAGUUGUGAAUCGAGUCUUAAUACUCAUAUGAGAAUCCACACAGAGGAGAAGGCAUAUAAAUGCCCAGUUUGUGGGAAGAGCUUCAGUUGCAGCUCACAUGUUAGGACACAUCUAACAAUUCACAUAGCAGAGAAGCCAUAUCAAUGCUGGGAGUGUGGACAGAGCUUCCAACAUAGCACAAGCUUUACACGGCAUUUAACAAUCCACACAGGGGUGAAACCAUAUAGCUGCUCAGAGUGUGGAAAGAGCUUCCGUCUGAGGGCGUAUCUUACCUCACAUCAAAAAAUCCACACGGAGGAGAGACCAUAUAACUGCUCGAAGUGCGGAAAGAACUUUGUUAGCAGUGCACAUCUUAGGUCACAUGAAAGAAUCCACACAGAAGAAAAAACUUACCAAUGUUUGGAGUGUGGAAAGAGUUUCAGGCAGAGAAUACACCUUAGCUCACAUCAGAUAAUUCACUCGGGGGAGAAGCCACACCAGUGCUCGGAGUGUGGAAAGUGCUUCACACAUUGCAAAAGCCUCACGCGACAUCUAUUAACAAUCCAUAUAGGCGAGAAGCCGUAUAAAUGCCUGGAGUGUGGAAAGAGCUUCAAUCACAGCAUGAAUCUUAAGUUACAUCAGAGAAUCCAUACAGGGGAGAAACCCUAUGAGUGCUUGGAGUGUGGAAAAUGCUUCAGUUGGAGGACAUCUUUUACUACGCAUCAAAAAAUCCACAUGGGGAUGAAGCCGUAUAAGUGCUCAGAGUGUGGAAAGAGCUUCCGUAACAACAUAAGCUGCAUAAGACAUCAAAGUGUUCACACUGGAGAGAAACCAUAUACGUGCUCAGAGUGUGGAAAAAGUUUCAGCCACAACUCUAGCCUUAAUGAACAUCAAAAAAUCCACACGGGGGUGAGGCCAUAUAUUUGCUCAGAGUGUGGAAAGAGUUUCAUUCGGCGAUUACACCUUACAAGCCAUCAAAGAACCCACACAGGAGAGAAACCAUAUAAAUGUUCAGUGUGUGGAAAGAGAUUUAGCCAGAGCUCAAGCCUUAAUGUACACCAAAGAAUCCACACAGGGGAGAAACCAUAUAAAUGUUCAGUGUGUGGAAAGACCUGCAGUCAGAGGUCAAACCUUAAUGUACAUGAAAGAAUUCACAAAGGGGUAAUUCCUGUGAAUUCUGAAAAUGCCUGUAAUGUGGAAAUAACUUCAGUAACAGAACAGACAUUCAAGUUAGAGGAUCCAUACAUAGAAUAUGGGAUAUAAAUCAUAUGAGAGUUUUUCUGUCAAUUUAAGUCCCAAGUUCUCUAACGGGGAGCACAGAGAAACUCUAUAAAUGCUCAAAAUAUGACGGCAAACAUCUGUGACUUUUAGACUUAUUACAGGUGACAGAAUGACUGAGUAUAAGAAGCAAACAUCCACUGGAGCCGACAUCUUCCAUAGCAUCAUGUGAUUAAAUCUUCCUCUGGCCAUGUGUGGCAAAUAAACUUUUCUAAUCCUUCCAGGCGACCAUCUGUGUCCUCACGGUCAUGGAGGAAGAUCCAUGUGACCAGGUGCCAUUGCAAAGAAAGACAUCUGCCACUGUUCAAACACGUCCCAUCUUUUCAUGCCAUUUUACCUCCUCUCUUCAUGGCAUAAUAUUUCAGGCUGUCUGGUUGCCUGAGUUGGGAGGAGCUCUGGGCACUGACCUACAGCUUGCUUAUUUUUGUAGCAAGGAGGAAUACAGAUUAUCUGGAUUAAUGUUUUGUUGUUAUAUGCCUUCAAGUCAAUUACAAUUUACGGCAACCCUAUGAAUCUUUUGUUAUUUACAUUCAUAGGGUUUUCAUGGUAAGAAAUAUUCAGAAGUGGUUUACCAUUGCCUUCGUUUAAGGCUACAGCACUUAGUAUUCCCAGGCGGUCUCCCACCCAAGGACUAACCAGGCCUGACCCUGCUUAGCUUACGAGAUCAGACGAGAUCGGGCGUGUCGAGGGCAGUAUGGCCGUAGGCUGGAUUGAUGUUACAUUGUUUUCAUUAGGGUUGCUUCAGAGUUUUAAUUGGCAUUGUUUUAUUGUUAGUUUGAUUUUAUAUGUUGAUGUAGCCUGCCCUGGGAUCCCUUAAAUUAAAUUAGAAGUGGGGAAUACUCAGACCCUCAGGACUCCACAGACCACUCCCCUCACUGGCCCUGCUUUCAACCCUCGAGUGUUUUUCCUGGCUGCAAUUCGUCCCUGAACUCUGAUAAUGCCUCUUGAGUACCUGGAUGGAUAGCAUAGUGUGUAUGUGGGAUGUAGAAUCUAGCCUGUUGUACAAAGGUAAAUUGCCCACUCUUGCAACUGGCCACACCCACUACUGGUAUGCGGGCUCCAGAAGGCUAUGAGGCCCCCUGCCUAAAAUAAAUAUAAAUAUCUGUACUUCCAGUAAGCGCCAACAGGUAACCUGACUAAAACAAGUAGGAUCCACUUCACCUGAGCAUGUGCGAUGGGUGGUAAGUCAUUGAAGAACCGUUGUUGUAAUUGACUUGAAGGCAUGUAACAACUUAUGGCGACCCUAUGAAUCAGCGACCUCCAAGAGCAUCUGUCGUGAACCGCCCUGUCCAGAUCUUGUAAGUUCAGGUCUGUGGCUUCCUUGAUGAAAUCAAUCCAUCUCUUGUUUGGCCUUCCUCUUUUUCUACCCCCUUCUGUUUUUCCCAGCAUUAUUGUCUUUUCUAGUGACUCAUGAAGUAUGAUAAGCUCAGUUUCAUCAUUUUAGCUUCUAGAGACAGUUCUGGUUUAACUUGUUCUAACACCCAAUUAUUUGUCUUUUUUGCAGUCCAUCGUAUGCGCAAAGCUCUCCUCCAACACCACAUUUCAAAUGAGUUGAUUUUCACAUACCAUGUAGUUAACCUAAGGAAUUCCACAAGAUGUAAUAAACCCUAGUGUAAGCUGCUUUUAACAAGGAUUUGACAGAUUCCUGAAGGGCUGGUCGGUCUGUGGGUAUUAGUCAUGGUAAUUGAGAAUGAAGCUUCCAUGUACAGGAGCAGUGUAGCUCUUAAAGCCAUAUGCUAUGAAGUUCAAGGAACAGGAAGAGGCCUUCAGAACCACACCCUUACCAUGAUCCCCUGGGGGGCAUCUGACUGGUGCUCAUUGACACACAGUGGUAGUUUUGGAUGCACCUUGCAGCUGAUCCUGCAACACAGUUCUUAAAGUAUUCGUUGCUUUUGUUCGGUAAUAGUUGGGGAGCUGAUGAACAUGGUUAGCAAUGAUUCAUUUGCUUUGCUUGCUGUAACAGGGAUCCAUGUUCGUGUAACUAAUUGCUGAUUUAAGAGCAGGUAGAAUUCCUCUGUACCUUAUAAUCAACAAAGAGUCAUGAAAUAGGUUUGUUGUGAGAUAAGCACUUGUUAGUUGUAUGCCGCAAUAAAUCUCUUGGUCUUUCCUGCACCACAAGGCCCUUUGUUGUCUUUGUUGCAAUAAAUUUUUCCUGGCUUGAUGUAUUUUGGAACUCACUCAGUACUUGUCCUUGCAAAUCCACCACAUUCUUCUUUGGCACAAAAUGGCCUUAGGGGAUUGUUUUUAUGAUGAAAUGAAUGCCUUUUGUUAUGUGGUGACGUUUCUUUUUGGAAAGGGAGGAUACAGAAUGAUUUGGUGAGUUGCAGAUAAAUCAGGAGGUGUUCUGUGGUUAGGGGGGUGUUCUUUUGUGUAUCAUUAGAGGAUGUUUGGAUUUUUCAACUGAAAGGGCGACAAGAGAGUUUUUCGGAGUAGUUUGCACAGGGUUGGGAGGAUUGACUGUGAUGUUUGUGAGGUGGAGGAGACGGUUGAUAAUAUUAUAAGGGAUUGUUGGAGAUAUCUUACUAAUUUGUCUGGGGACUGCCCUUCAGGACAAGAGCCGCUGGGGCUCAGUGCUGGAGAUUUUAUGGAGGCAUGUGAAAGAUGCAAGCCUUUAUGAAAGGCUGUGAGCGAAGUGAGAUGAAACUGUUGCCGGAAAGUGACAGUAAUAGGGCUUUUCCUUGGCCUUGCAAUGCCAUAAAUCCUAAAAGAUGAUGAUGAGGAAGGCUACAGCAUGACUGGGCUGAGCACUCCUACCCUGGGCUGGAGAACAACAGGGCAGAACAGAGCGGUCAAGCACCAGACAUCCAGCUACAAGGCAGAAGGGUUGUGUGUGUAUGUGUGAAGGGGGCAUUUCUCUCCCAUUUUCAUUGUUUUGCCAGCUCCAGGCUGGCACUGCACAGGGACUGAAUCAGACUCUUAUCUGGCAUGGAAAUAUGUACACACACAUAGUAACUGAGCAGUGUUCACAACGGUCUGGUGAGGUAGGCCACACCCAUUAAAGCCAAUUUCAGCAAGAAGUUAGGUUAAGACAGAUGUCUUACUGUUUAAGAUUAGCACUGGCGCAUAGCAGAUGAUUGACUCCAAAGAGCCUGGCAAAACUUGGUUGUGUUCAAAUAAUUCAGUAAAAGCCUUUCGGAGAAGAGAGCUUGUGGAAGGAGUGCUUUCUGUGGGCCAGCCCCUAAAUCAGUGGUUCUUAAACCUUUUUGAGGUUCUGAAGAAAAAAUGAAAGCUACAGAUCACUUUCCCAGAAAAAUGCACAUAAACACAUACACACAAAAUUUGUAGAGUAAAAGGAAGAAAAUGGAAGGGGGAAAUUGUUUUUCUUUGCACCUGGUUCACAGACCUCCUUAAGCCCAUCUCACAGGUUAAGAACCCUUGCCCUAAACUAUGGAACUCGCUCUCCACAGAGAUAUGUCUGGGGCUGAAAACAACAAUGAAAUUUAACAGGGAUAAGUGCAAAGUUCUACUCCUAGUAAAAAGAAACCAAAUGCACAGUUAUAAGAUGGGGGACUACUUGGCUCAGCAAUACUACGUGCGAGAAGGAUAUUGGGAUUGUUGUUGAUCACAAGCAGAAUAUGAGCCAACAGUGUGAUGUGGCUGCAAAAAAGACAAAUGCUAUUUUAGGCUGCAUUAACAGAAGUAUAGUUUCCAAACCCCCUGUAUUCAGCACUGGUUAGGCCUCAUUUUGAGUACUGCGUCCAAUUCUGGACACUGCACUUUAAGAAGGAUGCAGACAAACUGGAAGAGGCUCAGACGAGGGCAAUGAGGAUGAUCAGGGGACUGGAAAUAAAGCCCUAUGAGGAGAGACUGAAAGAACUGGGCAUGCUUAGCCCUGAGAAGAGAAGACUGAGGGGAGAUAUGAUAGCACUCUUCAAGUACAUGAAAGGUUGCCACACAGAGGAGGGCCGGGAUCUCUUCUCAAUCAUCCCUGCGUGGAGGACACAGAAUAAUGGGCUCAAGUUGCAGGAAGCCAGAUUUGGAUUGAAAAAAGGAAAAACUUCCUGUUAGAGUGGCACAACAAUGGAUCCAAUGACCUAGGGAGGAGGUGGGCUGUCCAACACUGGAGGCCUUCAAGAGGCAGCUGGACAGCCACCUGUCGGGUAUGCUUUACUUUGGAUUCCUGCAUUGAGCAGGGGGUUGGAUUUGAUGACCUUGUAGGCCCCUUCCAACCCUAUGAUAACCUUGUAAGAAGAGAUGACCCUGAAACUGAAUCAGCCCCCCAUUUUGUUCUAACAGUGCAAUCAGGACCUGAGUGAAACAACAACACCCUCCCCCCACGUGAUUCCUGGCAAUUGAUUUUAUUCAGAAUGAAGAAACAGGUGCCCUCUGAGCACUUAACCUUCUCUGGAGUUUGUUUUCAGCAGCACAACUUGGGCCUUCCUGUCACACAAAAUUCCACUCCUGGUUAUCGUGUUAUGCAUCUCAGCAGUCUAAUUUAGGUCUGGGAGGCUUUUUCGUUGUUGCUGUUGUUGAGGAAAUGGGAGUUGGGCACCUAUAGUAAUCUAAUGCCAAUUAUCCAGAGAUCCAUCAGUACACCCUUAAGCCUCCACUCUCAGCCCCCUCUGGGAAUGGUUUAUGGUGCCAUCACUUAUUCCUCAACAAACAGUUAUUUAUGAGCUGCACGUAUAUCCACAGGAUUAUACAUACUGAACUUUAGGACAUGCUACAUAUUGCAGCAUAUUGUUAAGCAGAUUCAGACCCCUGUAUAGGGUCUAGUUUAGGGCAUCAGUGGGGCAAUUGCUGGAUUCCACCUAUCUCCUUGAAAUCACAAUUUAUCUUCCACAUACUCAGUUCAGGGAUUUAUUUUCAGCAGCAGAAUUUGGGCUUGACUUCACACAAAAUGUCACUUCUAGUUUUCCCCUCAAGCAGCCUAUAUCAGUGGGGGGUGGGUUGCCUUGUUUUGUGUUGCUAUUGUUGAAGAGCUGGGAGAGACUCCCUUAGUGCUCUAAUGCAAAUUAUCCAGAGAUUUUUAUCUCCUGUCCACAAUGCUGAUGGCCAAGCUAGAGAUUUUUUUUUUCCGGUUAGAAUCAGAUCAUAUGAAGGAGUUUGCCAAGAACAAAUAAAUACUGUAUAUUUGAUUUUCUGUCUGUAACCU